AUGAAGCUCAUCAUAUUUGUUGUUUUCUGCAUCACAAUCUACGGUUCAACGUCGGGACAACAAGAAGUCGCUCGCAGAUAUUGCGGAAGACACUUAGCAGUUACAAUGGCAGAUCUGUGCUUCGGAGUUCAGUUUGAUAAACGCAAUACGCAGUACGAAGGCUAUCACUGGCCGUUACUGGCGUACUCCGAAGAGCGUAUCAAGCGCCAAGGCAUAGCUGAUGAGUGCUGUCUCGUUCCGUGCACGACUAAUGUUUUGAGUUCUUAUUGUUAA